CAAAGCCAGGUGACAACAACAAGAGGGAGAGAGAGAGAGAGUGCCAGAGUGCCAGGUGCCAAGGAACACCUCUCGUUCAUCAUGUCGAAAUAUACGCCACAAUACAGUGCUCUAGGGCGAGUCAACAACAUGCAGCAAGAAUACCCAACUCAGAAGUGCAAGUAUUUCUUUGCCGGCUUCAUCACAGCCCUUCUCAUCACUCUGAUAAGUGGCACAGUGUUUCAGCUGUGCCUCUACUCCUCCAACCCUGUGGUUGUAUCAUCUGGGGCAGCACGGCACACCUGGCCGGCCCCGCCCCCUCAUGAAGAGGUGGCCAGAGUGGCGCGCUAUGUGGUGCACAUCUCAGACUGGGCUUCCAUCUCCACCAUCUCCACGGCGCCCCCCAUCAAGGGCUACCCAUUCGGCAACAUAAUCAGCAUCAGCGACGGCCCGGUGACCAAGGCCACGGGCACCCCCUACACCUACCUCACCCGCAUGGACCUCAGCGGCAAGGACUUACUAGAUAAUGCCCACGCCACACUGUCAUUGUCGGAGGCCCAGUCGGACUACUGCAGGAACCACGACUUUGACCCCGAGAACCCCCAGUGUGCCCGUGUCCUGUUGACUGGCACCAUGCUGGAGGUGAAGAAUGGAACGAGUGAAGCCGAUUUUGCAAGAACAGCUCUCUUCUCAAGACACCCAGAAAUGGAGUUUUGGCCUUCCGGUCACCACUGGCUGUUUAUGAAGCUCAACAUCACCCACAUCUACGUUCUGGACUACUACGGGGGCGCCAACGAGGUGUCCGUUGAUGAGUACUACAACACACACCUGUGAGGGCCACGCCACGCACCACCACGGUGACACCACUCACGCCAGAUUUUAUAAACAUCGUAAUAGUAUUUGUUAACAUUUACACGGCUAGUUUGGCUUUUUAUUUCCACUUUUGGGACUGAGUUUAAGAUAUUUUCACAAUCAAGUCAACAUUACAAACUGAAGUCAUAGAGAGUGAUACGAAAACUCAAAAAGUCAUAUUAUUAGUAUUUAUCAACAGUUAUGUGGCUAGUUUGUUUUUUUAAUUUCAUUUUUGGGAUAGAGUUAGUUAGAAGUGUUGGAUUUUCAUAGUUAAAAUGACACUUCAAACAUAAAAAAUAGAAAAUGAUACAAAAGAUCCACAAAACCAACUAAACACGCCUUGAAAAUCGGCUCCAAAAAGAAGAAUCAGCUACGUUGUUUGUAAAGACUAAUCCAACACCACAAACUCAGUCUCAAAAAGUGAUACAAAAAAAAAAAAAAAAAAGUAACCUCACAUUGAAAAACAGGUAAAAAAAAGACAGAUCAGCCACAUUAUCAUUACUAAACACUAACAUGAUGGCUAGAAAAUCAGGCAUCAGUGUACACCUGUGGUAUUUGUAGUUUCUUAUGUCAUGUUAUUGGGGUGAAAAGCUCUGUUUACCUGUGUUGGCUUUGGGCUCAGGUAGUCUGGACAUAUAUACUUUGCCUAAUAUGCUUUACCUGCCAUAGAGGGCUUGGGACAGUUACAAGACAUGAAUUUGUGUAUAUUUUUGUAUAGCGUGAAAGAAAGAGAGAGAAAGAAAAAGAAUGAAAGAUAAGGAAGAAAGAAAGAGUGAAAGAAGAGGAAGAAAGAAAGAAUUAAAGAAAAGAAAGGGAAUGAAAGAAAGAAAGAACA